CCGGUUGGCUCAGAGGUGGAACCAGCGUGCGGCAGGAGAUGAUCUAAUCAAAGACCUGACGCCCCUGCUUUACACGGGACUCCCCCGAUCCUCACUUAGCCUGGACAGACGCCUCCAGGGAGUCAUGACUCAGCAGAUGCAGAACCUGCAGUUGUCUCAGAGCAGGAAGUGCCCCGGCGGGCCUGCCUCCCCGAAUGCAGCCAAGCGCCUCUACAGGAACCUGUCGGAGAAGCUGCGGGGGAGCACCUCGUCCUUCGAGGAUACCUACUUCUUCGGCAAGACGGAUCGCCUGCGCAAAGCCUCAACGAUGCAGGGCAGCGACUGUAUCUUCGAGGCUGUGGAGCAGCAGGACCUGGACACGGUGCAGAUCCUCCUCUACCAGUUCUCGGCCGAGGAGCUGGACCUGAACACGCCCAACAGCCAGGGCCUGACGCCGCUCGACAUCGCCAUCAUGACCAACAACACGCCCAUCGCCAAGCUGCUGCUGAAGGUUGGCGCCAAGGAGAGUCCACACUUUGUGAGUGUGGAGAGUCGAGAGGCCCACCUGAGCUCCCUGGUCCAGGAGGCUGACCAGCGAGCAGCAGACCUGGCUGCUGCGGCCCAGAGAGAGGGCCUGUCCCUGGACGCCUGCCAGAAGGAUCGCACCCUCCGAGCCUGGGAGUGGAGGAGCAAGCUGUACCGGCGCAUGGGCUCGGGCUUCCAGCACGCACGCCCCCCGGAGGCCCCAUCGACUGUCCGUCUGAGCGUGAGCAGCAGCACCACGCUGAGCGUUUCCUUCCAGGAACCGACUGGUCUGAACUCCACCGUGGUGACCAAAUACAGAGUGGAGUGGAGCUGCCUGAAGGACUUCUCCCUGCUAGCUGGAGAGAUGGUGUUGGAUAACCUGCAGAGCCUCAAGUGCACCAUCGGCAGCCUCACCACGGGCCGGCUGUACUACGUGCGAGUGUCUGCCUACAACAUGAAGGGCUGGGGCCCCCCAGCGUGCUCCCUGCCUCCCUCUGCAGCCCCCUCCAAUUGGAGGGACAGUGAUGGCCGGGAGCCCCGGAGACGAGGACACAUCGAGGCGAUGGAGCGUCUCCUGCAGCAGGUCCGAGCCACGCACACACACUACUGCUGCGGAGACUCGUCGAAGCUGCAGAACGCCAGCAGGAAGCAGUCGGUCUCCAGGAGCCUCAAGCACCUCUUCAACUCCUCCAACAAGUUCGUCAAAACACUGAAAAGGGGGAUCUACCUAGCUGCUGUGUUCUACCAUAAGGACAGUCUGCUGGUGACAGCCGAGGACCAGAUCCCCAUCGUGGAGGUGGACGACUCGUACAGCAGCAGCCUCAUGCAGGACUUCCUCUGGUUCACCAAGCUGUCCUGCAUGUGGGAGGAUGUCCGGUGGCUGAGACAGAGUAUGUCGGUGUCCAUGUCUUCGUCCUCAACGCUGCAGGCCCGGCACAAGAUGCUCAGCGCCGCCAGCACGAUGCAGAACCUCCUGGGAACCCACAACCUGGGCCGGGUCCACUACGAGCCCAUCAAGGAUCGCCACGGCAACCUGCUGCUGGUGACCAUCCGGGACCUGGACAGCCAGCACUCUCUGUUCAGUGGGAAGUGGAUGCUGGUGACCAAGCUGCAGAGCCAGAGGAAGUCUCUGUCCACGCCGGAGGAACCAUACGCACUGGACAUCCUCAUCAUCACCAUACAGAACAUCUUGGCGUACCAGCGGUGUAGUACCCACCGGUUGGCCCCAGGUCUCUACCUGGGCUACCUGAAGCUCAGCAGCUCCGUGGACCAGAUCAGAGUCCUGGUGUCCCAGAGGACCCCCAACAUGCUCUGCUACAGCCGAGUCAGGGACAACGGCAACGUCUCCAGGGAGGAGUGGGACUGGAUCCAAUCGUUGUCGGCUGCAGGGGAGAGGAGCCAGGAGGCGGAGCCUAGGCCAGAGAGCCACGCCCCCUUUCUGUUCUACGAGCUGCAGACCUCCAUCAAGUCUCUGCUGAAACACCUGAACCUACCUCUGCACCAGGCCCGUCACUUCCGCCUCUACUCCCAGGAGGUGGUGGAGCUGGGUCAUGGCGUCUCCUUCCUGUUGCUGCUGCCGGCUGCCGACGAUGUUUGCUCCGCCCCCGGACAGUCCAACCCCUACACCCCCCUGGCAGGGUUCCUACACCUCCCUCUGCAGAUGUUUGAGCUCGUUCACUUCUGCACCUACAAAGAGAAGUUCAUCAGCCUGUACUGCCGCCUGUCCUCCGUCCUGGACCUGGACGCCCUCAUUACCCAGCAGGCACUGCGGGAGGCCAUCACCGACAGCGAGCUGGCCACGGCCAAACAGAGACACCAGCUCAUACUGGACUACAUCCAGCAACUAGAUGAGAUGCGGCGCGACCUCCGCUGGAUCACAGACGCCCUCCAGACGGCGCGCUACAAGCAGCCGCGCGGCAGCGUGCCGGUGGCCGGCCUGCUGGACGCCGCGGCGGAGAAGACCGACUCGGCCUCCAACACGGACCACCAGGCCACGCCCUCGCCGGAGACACAGCGCCGCAAGGCCAUCAGCGACUCUCUGCUGGGCUCAGAUGAAGACGGGUCCUCCGAGGUCUUCCUGCCGACCGACAGCGACUACGACUCCAGCGAUGCCCUGAGCCCCCCCGACAUGGACCUGCUCUACUCCCCCCCCCAGGAUCUUUCCCAGCAGGCUUUGCACUCGCUGGGCGGCAGCGCCCCCGACGUGCUGCAGAUCCACGAACUCAGGUACAGCGUGUGCCCCCCCACAGACUUCCCCUUCUCCCCUGGGGGGCUGACAGACCCUAACGUGGCCCUCUGGGAAGUUGAGUUUGACACCCCUGCAGCAGAUAAACUAACCCUGUUUCCCUCCUACAGCGUGGCCCUCUGGGAAGUUGAGUUUGACACCCCUGCAGCAGAUAAACUAACCCUGUUUCCCUCCUACAGCGUGGCCCUCUGGGAAGUUGAGUUUGACACCCCUGCAGCAGAUAAACUAACCCUGUUUCCCUCCUACAGCGUGGCCCUCUGGGAAGUUGAGUUUGACACCCCUGCAGCAGAUAAACUAACCCUGUUUCCCUCCUACAGGUACAGCGUGUGCCCCCCCACAGACUUCCCCUUCUCCCCUGGGGGGCUGACAGACCCUAACUUCCCCCCCCCCUCCUCCCCCCUCCUCUUCCCAUUUGGCCUGGCUCGUUCUCCAUCCCUGUCCCGGACCCUCUCGCCGUCUCCCUCCCUCCCGCUGUCGCUCCCCCUCUCGCCGGCGCUGUGCGGCGCCACCGAGACUCUGGAGCCACCGGGGGGGCCCGUACUUAAGCGGAGGACCCCAGCGCUGGCUCCGAGGCCACAGCGUGGAGAGCCACGGCGCGGCCUCGCUGUCAGAAGGCGUUUACACCCGGCAGCCGGACCCGGAGGCGCCAUCGCUACCGGCAACGCCAUCGCUACCGGCGACGCCGACGCCAACUGCCGGGGCGCCACUUUCGUCAACCACGCCUCUUGCGUCCUGGAGAGCCGCAAGGGCGGCACCGGAAACCUCGGCCGCCGCGUUCGCAGGAUAUUCGUGGAGCCGCCGCCGAACAGCGAGAGGAGGCUGUCGCCCGAACACGAAGGAGGCUGUCGCCGUCGCCCGGGCAACCAGAGCCAGAGGAGGGCGGGGAGCUCGGGAGAAGACUGA